AUGAAAUUCGUCUUUCUCAAUCCACUACUACUGCUCGGUAUUUGCAUAGACGCUGAAAGACUUAUUAUUUCAACAACUUAUGAAGCCGAGGAUGCCGGCCUAACACCAACAACUCAUCCACAGUGCAGAGCAUGGAUGCUUUGGUGGAAAACGCAGCAUGCCGUGGUCGAUUUGACUGUGGACGAUUUCGAUCUGUUGGCAUAUCGGAGGCAGUGGGUACUUAUCGGCAAUAAGCACGAAGCAAUCAAGUAUCACGUUCCCGUCGAGCUUUUCCAAAAUUUCACGGAAGUUGACGUCAACUUUGAAAAUGUUUGUCGCUUCCAUCCAAGGGUUCUGCGAAUCGCCAGCCUGUCAGCAGCCAACAAGUAUCGCCUCAAUACUGAAGUACUGUGUCGAAGGGAAACCACACAAACUGCAGAAAGCUCCAGUGGAAGCCCGCAUGAUGGAACUGUUCCAGAAAUAGAAAUCAAAGAGAGUCCUGAAGAAGUCGUGUAUGUGAAUGACACAGAGUCGAACGCCAACGGGCACUUCGGUUUGGACGAUCGCUUGUUCGGGAAUCAUGAAUCCAUAGCAAUCUACGUUUCAAAACUUUGCGAUGGAGAAAACAAAGCUGAUGAGCCGGAAGACUUGCAGUACUUUGCAGGUAUCAGUAUUUAUUCGAAAAGUUGUAUGAUGUGUAUGUAUGAACAGAACGAAGUCAGUAAAACAAUUUUACGGAAACGAUAA